AUGUCCAACAGCAGUUCCAUCAGCCAGUUCCUCCUCCUGGCAUUCGCAGACAGGCGGGAGCUGCAGCUCCUGCACUUCUGGCUCUUCCUGGGCAUCUACCUGGCUGCCCUCCUGGGCAACGGCCUCAUCAUCACCACCAUCGCCUGGGACCACCACCUCCACACCCCCAUGUACUUCUUCCUGCUCAACCUCUCCCUCCUCGACCUGGGCUGCAUCUCCACCACCCUCCCCAAAACCACGGCCAAUCUCCUGUGGAACACCAGGGCCAUCUCCUACUCAGGAUGUGCUGUACAGCUGUUUCUAUUUAUUUUCUUCCUUGGAGCAGAGUGGUCUCUUCUUGUUGUCAUGUCCUACGACCGCUACGUGGCCAUCUGCAGACCCCUGCACUACGGGACCCUCCUGGGCAGCAGAGCUUGUGUCCACAUGGCAGCAGUUUCCUGGGCCACUGGGUUUCUCACUGCUCUGCUGCACACAGCCAGUACAUUUUCCCUGCCCCUCUGCCAGGGCAAUGCCCUGGGACAGUUCUUCUGUGAAAUUCCCCACAUCCUCAAGCUCUCCUGCUCACACUCCUACCUCAGGGAAAUUGGGCUUAUUGUACUUAAUGCUUGUUUAUUCUUUCUGAGCUUUGUUUUUGUGGUGGUGUCCUAUGUGCAGAUCUUCAGGGCUGUGCUGAGGAUCCCCUCUCAGCAGGGAAGGCACAAAGCCUUUUCCACCUGUCUCCCUCACCUGGCUGUGGUCUCACUGUUUGUCACCACCAUCAUGUUUUCCUACCUGAAGCCUCCUUCCAUCUCUUCCCCAUCCCUGGACCUGGUGGUGGCUGUUCUGUACUCAGUGAUGCCUCCUGCAUUGAACCCCUUCAUCUACAGCAUGAGGAACAAGGAGCUCAAGGACGCCCUCAGGAAAAUAUUUGAAUAG